GGAGUCUUCCGAUAUUCAAAAAGCAUGAUGAAUGACUAGUGAACAGACCGAGAGGCUUUAUUUUCUUCGAUAUGUCAAGAUAUCGCUUCUUUCGAAAUCUGUCACGCGCAGGAGGAGUACUAGGAUUUGAAUCCAUGUCGGUUAAAUUGAAUGUCUCGAGAACUGCAAGACGACAGUUAGCGACCAGUCGAGCAGAUGUUUUUAAGAGGAGUGUUCAUACAUCUACACAAAGAGGAGACACAAUAUUUGCACUGUCUUCUGGACAGGGAAGAUGUGGAGUAGCGGUCAUCAGAGUAUCUGGACCUCAGGCAAAGGAAUCCAUAUAUCAGAUGUGUUCAACACCAAAUCUACUCUCUCCCAGGACAACUAUCCUUCAGAGAGUAGUGGACCCCAGCACCAGAGAACCAAUAGACAGGGGGCUGGUCGUAUGGUUCCCGUCCCCUGAGAGUUUUACUGGAGAGGACUGUGUGGAGUUCCAAGUCCAUGGAGGUCCAGCGGUCAUUGCUGCCAUGGUUACAAGCCUGGGAAGACUCCCUAAAUACAGACAUGCAGAAGCGGGGGAAUUUACCAAGAGGGCCUUUAUGAAUGGAAAGCUGGAUUUAACUGAGGUGGAGGGGCUAGGGGACUUAAUUCAUGCUGAGACGGAGGCCCAGAGAAAACAGGCACUGAGGCAGAUGGAGGGGGACCUGGGGAAACUGUACAGGGGGUGGAGGAAACGGGUCAUCAAAGCUGCUGCUAAUGUGGAAGCCUAUAUAGAUUUUGCUGAGAGUGACACAUUGGAAGAGGAUCUGCUUCUAGAAGUGUCAGCUGAGGUGGACAGAUUAAAGACGGAGAUAGAGCACCAUUUGAGGGACCAUCGGCGUGGAGAGAGGUUAAGGGAUGGUGUCCAUGUGGUUAUAGUGGGCAGACCUAAUGUGGGCAAAAGCACACUGCUGAACAGCAUCUGCCAGAGGCCAGCAGCCAUUGUGUCUCCUAUUCCAGGAACAACACGAGAUGUGGUUGAGACCACACUCAAUGUGGGAGGGUACCCUGUCCUUCUGAGUGAUACAGCAGGACUGCGGGAGACAGAGGACAUUAUUGAGAAGGAAGGCGUGGUCAGAGCAGUGCAGAGAGCAGAGCAAGCUGAUCUGCAGAUCCUUGUUUUGGAGGCAACACAUUUGUGUAAAUGUUCAAACAUGGAAUCAGUUGAGGACAUCAUAAGAGACCAUUUUACAGAUCUAGGACUUUUACUGAAGACUGAGGUACUGGCGGAUACCAGUUCCAUGGACAAUGACUCCAAAGCUUCACAUCUGCUUUCAAACAAUGAGAUUCAGGGUGACCUAGAUAUCUCUGUGGAUGCUGAUGAUCUUCUUGUGGUUGUGAACAAAUGUGAUCUGAUCGAGGACUCUGACUUGGGCUCCAUACAAAGACUCCUACAGGAAAAUAAACACUUCUCUGCUUGUUGUAUUUCUUGUACAUCUGGGCAAGGUAUAGAGGAAUUUUUGGAAAUUUUACAACAAAGGCUUAGAACAAUGUGUGGCAACCCUUUGUCAGGAAAUCCAAGUCUAACCCAAGCCAGACAUCGUUUUCACCUUGAAAAGUGUCAAGGUCACCUAGAGAGAUACAAACGGUACAUGGAACUUGGAGAUGUUGUGUUGGCAGCACAGAAUCUUAGAAAAGUUCUAUAUGACAUUGGAAAAAUCACGGGGAAAAUUACAUCAGAAGAGAUUCUGGACAUCAUUUUCAAAGACUUCUGUAUUGGAAAAUAAUGAUAUUAAUGUAUAUUGAAUGCAUAUCGACAUACUUGUAAUUAAAUUACUGUUACAUUUU